CAGACAGAAUCAAAUAUUUUCUGCUGCAGGACGAUAGGCAGAAGGAUUACUCCUAUUUUAGACUCUUCAUCCAUGCGUCCCGGGAAACAGUGCAGAAUGUGAGAGUCAACUGGAGACAACUUGGUGAUAUUGUGAGGAGUAACAUCUUCAGAGGAGUGUCAGCAUGACCCCUCACAGUGAAGCUCUACUGCUGGUCUUCAGUGUCUCACUAUAUGGUAGUCUGUGUGCUGUAUCUUUAAAUAGAAAUGAAAGAGCCCACUUUUGGGCCAGCGUGGACCCAGAGUCAGCUACCAGCUCACCAUGGACGUCUCGAUCAACAGAAAUGGACAUGACAAGUCCAACCGAUGUAUUACAUUCAGAUGGGACUAGCAGAGACCUUGAGGUGGACCCUUCAGUUGAUCAAAAACCUUAUGUCACAAUGGAGGAUCAUGGUUUGUCAAGACUUCCAGCCUCAAGAACACCAUGGAUCAAAACUUUGACUUCUACUAAGAUUGAACCUCCUUCAGAUAUCCAGAACGAUGAAGAGGGACCUCAAACAGAGGCAUCUGAUUGGCCAAAUUUUAGUAAGCAAGGCAAUAUGGAACAAUCUUUUAAAUCAUCUUCCCUGGCAACACUACAGCCUUUUUCUUCUCAGGCCUGGAGUACCAAAUCCAAGACACCUAUUGCUUGGAAUACAGAGACAUAUACACCUCAGACUCGUGCCGAAACUAGAUUUAGCACCUACCAGACACUGUGGAAGUCCUCUGGUGCUACUCAGACACCAUAUGCCAGAGGAACUUUAGAUGGUACCACUUUGCCAAGAGGGCUGACAGACAAUCUGCAGCCAUCUGAGGAAACAAAGGAUUUGACAGAUGCUCCUACAGAUAGUCUGACUGAGCCGACUCUCAAUGUGACAAAUCCUGACCCUGAAAUAGAGGAGCGCAAGGGUGUUGACCAAGUGAAAAAGGACCAAAAUGGCCAGUCGACCACCACUGUGAUCAAGGUCACUGAAACCUAUCCUGAAGCAGCAUCUCCAGGUGAUGACAAGCGCAAAUCUUCCACACUUCUGGACUGCAGCCUGGUUGGCACUAGAAUCUGUCAGUCGACUGACUCCUCACGGAAUCAUGCUUCAACUAACAACACUCUGUCCACUCCACCUCCUGUGUAUGAAACCACACCCCUUGAAGCCCUCACCCCGCCUCUACUGGUCCCUCUACUGACUGAUUGGAAUGCUGCAAUGGCGACAUGGGGCCUGGCAUGGGAGUUGCAGGUAUACGGGCUCGGCUGUGUGUUCUCGCUCGUGGCUGUGCUGUCUUUGCUCAGCCUGAUGUGUUUGCCGUUGCGCUGGCCCUCUGGCUGUGCCCACUUCAGCCUCCUCCACCUUCUCCAACUACUAACAGGUUCCAGCAGAGCUCUGUGGCUCCUCUACGAUCCAUAUGGCCAAAAAGAGCGCCUACCCAUAGUCUGGGCACGACUGCUGCAUGAAGCUGCAUAUCCCUGUAUUACGGCAUCAUUUGGUCUGCUGCUUCUAUUGCUAACCGCUCGCUCUUGUACCCAGCUACUUUCUCAGAACACCCUGCAGCGCAGCACCUGCUUGUUGGCUGCCCUAGUGCUACUGCACAUAGCUAUAGUAAUGGCAUCCAUGGCAAUACUGCAACUCUUUCCCACCCUGCAAGUUGUGCCUCUAUUACCACCUACAGCAUUCGUAUUGAUGUCCUCUUUCUUGUCAUUCACAUACCUGCUUCUUUACUGCUGUGCUCGUGCCGAUGUCAAACACAUUUACCGGCUAAGUGAGAGCUCUCCCGAUUGGCCAUCGUGCCAUGCUAGCAGGUGUCCAUUCACAGAAGCACGGAUGUGGGAAAGGGCGGCCAGGACAGGGGUAUUCUCUGCCCUGUUUCUGCUAGCAUGUGGCAGUCUACGACUUUAUGCUAUGCUUAAUGCAGGAGGGCUGACCGGUGGAGUCAUGGUUGGCAUGAUGCCCUGGCCCUGGUGGGGCUUCCAGCUCAGCUGCCGAGUCUGUGAAACAGGAGUAUGUCUCACCCUCGCUCUUGUAAUCACUCACCCCCUUCUCUGUUGCGGAGUGCCCCUUUCCAAAUCAGGAGGCUGCAGUUGGCUCUUCAAAAAGCCACCCACAGAAGGCACAACGAUGGCCAAACCCACCAUCCUCUCGAGUCGGUGUGGCUGGUCACUACGGCCUGCAGAGAAGCUGGGGUUGUGUGAGGGAAUAGCUCGGCGGGAAAGUGAAAGCGUGCCGCUCUACACCUUGGUGGAGCUUCUGCACAGCGAAUUCGAUGGCUUGGACCUCCACUAUCCCAGCAGCCCUCAGCACAAGUCUUGCACACAGCUCUCCCAAACCAUAAAGAAGAGUAAAGUAUCCUCCUUUGCAAGCUUCGAUGCCGACUCCACAGCAGAUCUGCGGCCCCCUUCGCCAAUCGACCUGAGGCGAAGCAUUGACGAGGCCUUGAACAGUGAAGCUUUGUUUCAGCAUAGCCUGUUCGGCUCCUCCAGGCUCUCUCUCAGCACACGUGGACCCCCGGAUGGACAACCCUGUCGGGGAAACUCCACCGAACCCAGCCUAUACCGCACUGCCUCCUGUGGGGAUGUGGACCCCGCUACAGUCCCCAGCCGACCCAAGCAAUGGAGCACUAUAUCUGGGAGACCAGCUCACGUCUCGGUCCAUUGCAGUGGUGGGUUAAACUCAACACAACAGUCCCAGAGCAGCCUACAUAAGGGCUCUCAGUCUGGGCAGCAACUCCACAGACGCUACACAACCUUAGGCUCUACGUCCUCCAGAGGGAGCGUAGAUGUGGAGACAACUUCUCAUGUUGAUGAGCUUGCCGUUCAGGCUGAAUUCAUCAACGUCUGCAGGCAGAUAGAUGCACUUAGUAUCAGUAGUGAUACGAUUGACCUAUAGGGGGGGGGGAAUCUUUAUUCAUCUACAGAUUAUUUUGUAGAGCAUGGGGUUCUCAACUCUGGCCCGCCCUCGAGAUCCACUUUCCUGUAGAGUUUAGCUCCAACCCAAAUCAAACACACCUGAACAAGCAAAUAAAAGUCUUCAGGAUUACUAGAAAGUUGCUGGCAUUAGAGUUUGAUAAAGGUUGGAGGUAAACUCUGCAGGGAAGUCGUUGAGAACCACUGAAGUAGAGCAUGUGCCGUACUUUCCUGCAAAAUUAACCUUAAUAUUUUCCAGUUUAACGUUUAACCCAGGGGAAUCAAGGUGUGCUCAUUUGAAGGUCCACCUUCCAGCACAGUUUACCUCUGACAUACCUGUUUGGAAGUUUCUAGUGAUUCUGAAGACCUUGAUUAGCUAGUUCAGGUGUGUUUAAUUAGGGCUAGACCUAAACUCUGCUGAAAGGUGACCCUUCAGAAGCAGGAUUGGAUACCCCUGGUUUAACCUAACACAGGGCUGGGCAACUUCGGUCCUGGAUGGCCACUGUCCUGCAGUUUAACUCCAACCCUAAUCAAACCCUUCAAGAUAACUAGAAAGCUACAGGUAGGUGUCUUUGAUUAGGGUUGAAGCUGAACUCUGCAGGACAGUGGCCCCUCCAGGACCAAAGUUGCUCAGCCCUGACCUAUAACGCCUUUAAGUAAUUUCAACCCUAACAACUCCAAUUUACAGAACUUUUCUUGACAUACAUGCAGAGAGGAAUUUGCUGUUGAUGCAUUCUGCUUGAAUGGAAAGAAAUGUUUAAUUUUAGAAGCAGACAUGACAUGGACAAAACGGCAACCUACAACCUCUGAGUGGCUGAUGUUCUCUAUCAACGAUGAGAAAUCCUCUGAAAUCCAGUUCUCAUAUUUGACCAAUCAUGUUGAAAUGCUUGGUUUGAUCAAAAAACUUUAAAAAAUAAACUAUUGUACAGGAGACUUUUGUAUUGCUUUCAGCAAUAAAGCUAGCACUUAUGAACAUGCUUUAUGAUGAUAUGUCUUUUGGUUUUGCUCUUACAGCACAGAUCACCUAAACACUCAUUUGGCAACAUUACAGAUGUACAGUACAGAGACACAUUCUCUAGAACCAUUUUGCAUUUUAUUGCAGCACUAUCAUUGAUGUUAACACACUUAUUUGUGGCAGAAAUGUCACUUGGGUAACAUUUUAUUCUGGAGUGAGACCUGGGUGUUCUGUUGGAGCAUAUACUUAUGGGAAAAGUCAUUUAGCAAAAGGCUGCAUGAAGAUAACCAUAAAAACCAUGCUAAUUAGCUGUUGCAUGUUUGGAACACUUGGCAUUUUAGUACUACUGUUUUUCUAAACUGUUAUUUCAUUACAUUUAGUGCUUAAUAAAGAUCUAUUCUAUGCUGUACCCAUAAUCCCUCACAGCCAUUUCGCUGCACAAAUGCUGCCCUCUGUUGGCCAUAGAGAUGUAAUAACAUGAAGUUUUGACAGCUUGUGCAUUUGUCAUCUUUA